CGCACUUUCGACAAAAUCACAAACAAAGGACAAAUUUAAUUAAAACAAAGGGCAUAUAUAUAUAUUGACAUUAAACACGUAAUAUUAACAGCCUAUUCCAACUAAUAAAGACGAAAUUCAACAAUUAUUUUUAUUUGCGUUCAACUUAUUAACGAAAAUACUCCUCCCGUCUGUCUACAUGCAUGUGGAGCUAGCAGGCAGACAGCAUGACAGCACCUCCAGCCUCAUCAUAAUUACAAUAAAUAAACAAUUACAAAGAAAGGGAAACGCAUGCGGAUUUACUUUAGGGACAGUUGUGUGCUUAAAUAGCCAUGGUGUUUAUAUGUGGUGAAAUUAAUUGAUGUCAAGAAACGAGUUGGUACACAUAGUUGAGUUGAAAUGUCUGCGGGGAAGAGGUUGCUGUGCCUGGUGAAGCACAGAGGACUUUUGUGGACUCCGGUGGGCAGAAGUGUCACUACCUGGUCCCCUGUUGGAGCUGCUUUCAACGCCAAACCUCACAGAAGAUUAGAUCUCUUCGAGAAAAAUGUGGGCUUGUUUGGAGUGGCUGAGCUGAACUGUCCUGCAGGGUUCCAGGUGGCCACAGCAGAAGCUCUGAAGAACACGGAGCGUCUGCUGAAGAAUGCCUGUACCUGUCCUCCAGGAGUCGACACUGUGGAGUCCUUUGACCAGCUCUCAGAUGGACUGUGUAAAGUGGCCGACCUGGCAGAUUUUGUGAAAGUUGCACAUCCAGACCCUGCGUUUCGAGAAGCUGCAGAGAGGACCUGUGUAGAAAUUGGUACUGUUGUUGAGAAGUUAAACACUAAUGUUGAGUUAUGUCAGAGUUUAAAGAGGUUGCUGGACAAUCCUGAAGUUGUAGCUAAACUGGACCCUGACACAAGGCGUGUGGCUGAAUUGUUCAUGUUUGACUUUGAGAUUAGUGGAAUUCAUCUGGACGACAAACUGAGGAAACAGGCAGUUGCUCUCCAUGUGAAGCUCUUGGACCUGAAUAAUGAGUUCCUGGUUGGUUCACACAUGCCAAACCGAAUUGCCAGAACUGCCAUCCCUGAACAUCUCCACAUCCAUUUUGCAAAUGAGGGAAGCUUCAUCCAGGUUGGAGGAUUACAUGCAGAUUCGCCCGAUGACUUGGUUCGUGAGAUAGCGUACCGCAUCUACCUGUAUCCAAACGCAGAUCUAAUGGAGUGUCUGGAGGAGCUGCUGAGGUGCAGACACAAACUGGCCAAACUUGUGGGCUAUGAGUCGUAUGGACACAGGGCCCUGAAGGGGACUAUGGCCAAAACACCUGAGACAGUCAUGAGUUUCCUUCAGCUCCUAACAGACAAGCUGGCUGACAGAACGGCAAAAGACUUCAAAAUGAUGAGGGAUAUGAAGAAAAAACUCAACCCUCGCAAUGCUGAGCUGAUGCCCUGGGACCAUCCGUACCUGAGCGGCGUCCUUCGUGCAGAGAGAUACAACAUAGAGCCCAGCCUGUACAGUCCUUACCUGUCUUUGGGAGCGUGUAUGGAGGGUCUGAACAGCCUCUUCUCUCAGCUGUACGGAGUCUCCCUGAUGUCAGAGCACCCCAGAGCUGGAGAGGUGUGGAGCGAGGAUGACUGUCACUUCACCAUCCGCGGGGGGCGCUGGUGCCAGGACUCAGGGCAGUACCAGCUCCCUGUGGUGGUCCUGAUGCUCAGCCUGCCCGCCCCCUCCCGCUCUGCCCCCACCCUCCUCACCCCGGGUAUGAUGGAGAACCUCUUCCAUGAGAUGGGCCACGCCAUGCACUCCAUGCUGGGACGAACCCGCUACCAGCAUGUGACAGGAACUAGAUGUGCAACGGAUUUCGCAGAAGUACCCUCUAUCCUAAUGGAGUAUUUCGCCACAGACUACAGAGUCAUCAGCCAGUUUGCGCGUCACUAUGAGACUGGACAGCCGCUGCCUGAGAGCAUGGUGGCCCGACUGUGUGAGUCCAAGAAAGUGUGUGGAGCGGCAGACACCCAGCUACAGAUUUUCUACGCCGUCCUGGAUCAGAUCUACCACGGCGGGCCUCAGAACCGCUCCACCACAGAGAUCAUCAGAGAUAUGCAGCACAAGUUUUACGGAUUGCCUUAUGUCCCCAAUACGGCCUGGCAGUUGAGAUUCAGUCACCUCAUCGGCUACGGGGCCAAGUACUACUCCUACCUGAUGUCCCGCGCUGUGGCCUCCAUGGUGUGGAAGCAGUGUUUUGUCCAGGACCCUCUGAACAGGGAGAUGGGCGAGCGCUACAGGAGGGAGAUGCUGGCCCAUGGAGGAGCCAAGGAGCCUAUGCUGAUGGUGGAAGGGAUGCUGCAGAGACGCCCCACCCUGGAGGACUUUGUGGACGCUCUGGUGUCAGAACUCAAGCCCAACUUUGAGACUUUCAUCAUGGACUCUGAAGGCUGAAGACCCGGACUGCUCCUCAGGCUGCUCCUCAGGUUACUGUCAGAACAUUUAUGACUCCACCGACUUCUGAUGGUUUUAAUCUCUGAAAAAAUGGACUCUGCCAGAAGAAACAAUAUAAAAUGUUUAAGCUGUACACACUGACCUCAAUAAAAAUAACUUGGCUUGACAAUUACUGCUGGAAAAGUAUCAAUAAGCUACUCCAGUUCGAUGUGCUACUCAAGUCCGCCCAGUGUUCACUCUCUUUGACAUUUAAGAUUUUAUCCCCACAAAAAUACCACAGUUUGGUCAUUUUUUAGCUCUCAAAUUUUACUUCCUUCCUGGAAAUCGUGACAUAACACUGGGGAAUUCCUUUACCCCAAAACUUACACAUACGACUUAUUAUUUGACAACAAAAAAUCAACACCUUUAUUUUGUUGAAAUCAUUUUUAAAGUAUCAGAAAAUUUUGUGGUUUUUUUGUAUGUAAAUUGGAUCAAAUUCUCCCUAUUGUGCUGUUUUUUCUUCUUAAUUAGUGUCAAACUAUAAUUUAUAUAAAACUACAGAACUGAUUCUCUGCUGCUGCUUCAUGAAGGCAGAGGAAAUGGGAAAUGCAAAAACAUUUUUAGCGCUUAAAAGAUCUAUAUCACGCUGUUUUCUGAUCUAUGUUAAAAUGCUGUUUCUUCAUCUCAAACAUUCACACAUGUUUAACACAAACUCUUUUUUUUCUCUCAAACUGAAAACCCUGUGGGAGCUGUACAAUGCCCAGAUCUGAUAAUUAAGAGUUACUCAGACAUGUGUAAAUGAAACAAAACACAACUUUAGUUAUGUUUUUGAGGCGUUAACAGCAUUAUAACAUGGCUUAAAACUCACAACAGUCAAUUUGGUGUAAUAUAGGACCAUUAAGCCUUAAGUUGAAAGCUGUACAUGCAUUAAUUAGCUCAUUAAGUAUGAUUAGUCAAACCUAUUAUAGCGUGGCUCAUAAAACUCUCCUUCUUACAGUAGGUCCUUUAAACUGCUGCCAGUAUUUUUACAGUGACUCAAUAACAGGCCAAUUUCCCAUUUUUAUUUGUAUUUGUCAGAUGGCGCUCACUCCCCUCAAUCAAAUAUAUGGCCCUGUAAUCUUCCAUGAAACUGUAAUUGGCCCGUUAUGAUGUGGACUGAUCUUUAAUAACAGCUUUCAGCUCAGUGAGUGCCGCAGUAUUGUUUUUUCCUGGUCAAAUCAGCGUGUGAAAGAAUGGCUAAUCUGUUCUUCCUGUCAUGUGACCAGUGUUAUGGUUCUAGAUUAAAGCGCCCCUCAUGUUUUGUCUGUCUGGAGCUUACACAGGGAGACCGGUGCAUUUCUAUGUGAUUAUCGUAACGCCAUUUUGAAAGCCAUCACACUUUGUCCAACUUUAUGUAAGAGUAUGUUUAAGAAUAAAUAUGUUUUCACUGUGAA